AUGUCCGGUGUUGGACACCCAUACCCCAUACCCAUGCGUACAUACACACAUACAUAUCUGUAUCAAAUUGUAUAUAUCAUGAUCGGCCCUAUGAUAGCUGAUGGCUCCAUUGUAGAUGUUGUAAUACCAGUACAGGUUGACGUGCAGGACUCGCAACCAGCUCCCGCUACCCCUGACACCGUCGAACGUGCGGAUGACUUAACCAUUGACACUCCCAUCAAACGGGACAGUUCCACUAUAUUACCUUUUAUGACUCUUGUGCGAUGCCGAAUAGACACUCUUAAUGCCAUGGGCAAGGAGAUCAAAGAGAAUAUCGUUGGCCCGAUGCCAGUGGAGAUCUUUCUCAAUGCAUUUCUACCGAACCGGAAAAAUCACGAUUCCCUCAGACUUCGCUUCAGCCUCCCAAACUGGAGUAUUUGA